AUGUCUUCCUUCUUCACCGUCCCCGCUUCGCAGCGCAAGCGCAAGAGAGAAGACCGGGCGGCAGCCCCAGCAACUAAGAAAAGAGACGUCAAUGCCAAAAAUGACGUUGCAGGAGGUCGCCGAGCCCGUGAACGCGAAGAGUCAAUCUCUGGAAGUGACUUGGAUGAAAAUGAAGACGAAAUUGCGUCUUUGGAAUCCGGAGAAGAAUCCGCAUCAGACUCGGACGAAGGCGAGACGGCCGCAGACCGGAGAUUAAAACUCGCAGAGCGAUAUCUGGAAAACGUUCGAGAGGACGUCGAGGAUGGAGUUGGUUUUGAUGCCGCUGAGAUCGAUCGAGACUUGAUUGCGGAAAGAUUGAAAGAGGAUGUGGACGAGUUCAAAGGACGGUCUUUCCGGCAAAUUGCCUCCAAGCUAUCCUUUUCUGCGCCAUCUCAUUCAUUUUUUCGCUCUGAUACCCAAUCGACUACUUCUAUCGCUGUUCACGCGCCUUACGUUUAUACUGUUUCGAAGGACAAGACUUUAGUCAAAUGGGAAUUGGCCCCACCGAGUGCCCCGGCGACUGCUGAAACGAAUGGGUCUUCGACACGGCCUCCCCGUCCAGCGCGCAAGAAGCCUAGGCGGGUUAGAUAUGCUCGAGGAGUGCGCAAAAUUGCCGAAACAGGCGAAGAGUCUGGCCAUACUGGAAGCAUUCUAUCCGUCGCUGUUUCACCGUCGGGUAAAUUUGUUGCUACUGGUGGUGCUGACAAUCGUCUGGUCAUCUGGGACGCGGAGACUUUGACCCCUACAAAGACGUUCACACAGCACCGCGACUCUGUGAGCAGUCUGGCUUUCGCUCGGCAGAUCUCGACUAUGAGCUCUGGAGAACAACUUUUCUCGGGGUCGUACGAUCGUACCCUGAAGACAUGGUCUAUUAGUGGGGCCGGCCAUGCAUAUGUCGAAACCCUUUUCGGCCACCAGGAUCACGUCACUUCAGUUGCAGCUAUGAGUAUUGAUCAGUGUGUCUCGGUCGGAGCUCGUGACCGCACAGCCAGGUUAUGGAAGGUCGUGGAUGAGUCGCAGCUUGUGUUCCGAGGAGGUGCAUCCAGAAGUGCUUCUUACAUUGAGAGCAACAUUGAUUGUGUUGCCCCUCUCCCUCCCAACCACUUCGUCACGGGUUCCGACUCAGGCUCUAUCUCGCUAUGGUCUGUCCACAAGAAGAAGCCACUGUAUACGAUUCCUCUGGCUCAUGGUCUCGAUCCCAUGCCACCUUUAGACGAACUCUCCCCCGAAGCGGACAAGGAGACUGCCGCUCGUAAUGCUCGUCACAUGAGGCGUCUGCCUCGCUGGAUCACUGCUCUUACAACUCUUCCCGGCACCGAUGUUGUUCUCAGUGGUAGUUGGGAUGGCUGGAUUCGGGCAUGGCGUAUCUCUGACGACAAGAGGACAAUCAUUCCAUUGGGCCCUAUUGGGAUAAGGUCUCUGAGCCAGUCAAUCCCCGAUACGCCCUCGAAACAGCUCAACAAUGCCCUUGCCCUCGACACGACCCCUCACCCCGACGACAUGGAAGUUGAACAGAAGUCUGAGGAGGUGACGCAAGAGCCUCAGCCUUUGAUCAAGGGUGUGGUCAACGAUAUCGCCGUCUUCGAGCGUCGCCCCGAAGCUAUUACAGCAACGUCCACAAAAUCUUCCAACAAGUCGCAGACAAACCCCGAAACCGAGCCUCGGGGUCUCUGUAUUGUUGCUGCGAUCGGCAAGGAGCACCGUUUGGCCCGGUGGAAGUGUUAUGCCAAUAACUAUGCUGAGGGCAAUGCUCCUGAUGGUCGCAAUGGCGCUGUUGUGUUUGAAGUACCAUUCACUUCUACUGAUGCCGCCGCUGAGGCCGAUGUAUAA